UUUUGCUUUCAUUCCCGUGGCUGGAAGUGAUGUAUUGCCAAGUGCCAGGUCUGGUCCUCCUGGAACAGGAAAUGUCGGCUCUUUAUCUCAUCUCAAAAGGCUACGAGGCAACUCAAAGGACAAGGAAGGAUGGAUAAUGCCCAGGAAGGAUUCUAGCAGUCUUAAUGCCACAGGAUGGAUAAUGCCCAGAAAGGAUUCUAACAGUCUUAAUGCCACAGGAUGGAUAAUGCCUAGAAAGGAUUCUAGCAGUCUUAAUGCCACAGGAUGGAUAAUGCCCAGGAAGGAUUCUAGAAGUCUUAAUGCCACAGGAUGGAUAAUACCCAGGAAGGACUCUAACAGUCUUAAUGCCACAGGAUGGAUAAUGCCCAGGAAGGACUCUAACAGUCUUAAUGCCACAGGAUGGAUAAUGCCCAGGAAGGAUUCUAACAGUCUUAAUGCCACAGGAUGGAUAAUGCCCAGGAAGAACUCUAACAAAAGGGAUUCUAGCAGUCUUAAUGCCACAGGAUGGAUAAUGCCCAGGAAGGAUUCCACUCUGGCAAAUAGAGGGAGUAGGCUUAUUAGAAAAUACACCAAUAAUGAGCGAUCACCCACUACUCCCAAUGAAAAUCCAAAAAGUGUUGGGUGUGGAAGGCAUCUUAUGCAACCAGGGACAUCCGUUCAGAUUCAGACGAAAAAUUAUCCAGAAUCUUACCCUCGUUGGUACAGAGGUUGCUACUGGAUAUUCAAGGCCACCACGGAAGACACCGAGUUCCAGCUGAGCUGCCAUGACUUCCAGCUUCCCUCCUGCAAGAAGGGAUCUCAACGGAGGAGGAGACGCUGCUAUGCAACAAACUUCCUUGUGCUGCGCGACCGUUCGGGGAAAGUAAUUGAAAGGUACUGGGAAAGCAGUGGUCCAAAGGAUGUGACAAUUGAGGGAGGUGCUUUCGCUCUGACUCUGCGCCUGCGCGCCAGGUCUCCUGGAUUCCAGUGCUCCGUCCGUGCUGUUCCGAUAAAGCAAGAAAUUAAUACGACAGGCUUAUCAACGUGUGAAUUUGCUUGUGGGUCAGGACCUCCUCCACAUGGACGCAUCGUGGGAGGGCUAGUCUCCGCACCUGGUCGCUGGCCUUGGGUAGGAGGACUCGUGCCCACGGGAGCCAGCAAAGUCUUCUGUGGUGCAUCGCUCAUACAUCCCAGCUGGGCUGUCACGGCUGCGCAUUGCGCUGCUCUCAUAGUGUCUGAGGAAGCUGAUGUCGAGAUCAUCCUCGGUGCAUUCGACUUGGAAAGGCCAACAACUUUCCAGCAGAGACGGAGGAUUGCUGCCCUGCACAUCCACGAGGACUUUGACAACCUGACCCUGAACAACGAUAUCGCUCUACUGCGUUUGGCCUAUCCUGUGACUGUCGAUGGCAAGGUGGGUCCCAUCUGCCUCCCAUCGCUGAACGCAGUGCCUGAAGGCCACAGUGUCACUGUGGCAGGCUGGGGACUUCUCCAGGAAGUUCUAGAUGGACGACCGUCGUCUGUCCUCUACGAGGCCGAAAUAGAGACAGCUCCGUACGGCACGUGCAAGCUAAUCUACGGCGAAAAGCUGUCCUCUUCCAUGCUCUGUGCCGGUGGAGGGCUCGUGGAUACCUGCAAGGGUGACAGCGGAGGAGGCUUGAUGUGGCUGGGACCCAAUGGAAAAUGGGAGAUUUUGGGAGUGGUAUCAUGGGGACAUGGAUGUGGUCGACCCGGAUUCCCAGGUGUCUACGCAUCCGUUAAAAAAUUCGUGCCCUGGAUAAAAUCCUUCAUCGACAAAUCGGACUGUGAUUUUUCUACUGAGGCUAAUUCUACAACACCAUCCACAACAUCAACAACAACCGUGUCGACAACAUCAGCCACAAUAUCUCUCAGCCAGCUGCAGAAGAAAUGUCGGUGCGGGAGGAUUUACCAGCGCAUCGUGGGCGGAGUGGAAGCUGGCGUUCACGAGUUCCCUUGGCAAGCUGGGCUGGUGCGCGUGGGCGGAGUGAAUCCUUUCUGCGGCGCCUCUAUCAUCGGGCGGCGCCAUGUCCUCACAGCUGCUCAUUGCACGAAAGCGAUACAGGAAUACGAGUGGAGGGUGGAAGUCCUCGUAGGAAGCCACAACAUCUCCUCCAACAGUGGCACGCCCUUGUCAGCCAGGAUUCCUAUGGACUCGAUCAUCCAACACCCGAACUUCGACGCGUCGACUCUACGUCACGACAUCGCCCUCAUCAAGCUGGCGACCGCCCUCGACCUGGAUGCUGACCCGCGCCUGGCGCCCGUGUGUCUGCCCACGCCCGAGAAGCGCUAUGCGGGCGCCAUAGCCGUCGUGGCUGGCUGGGGGAAACUCAGCGAGGGUGGGGUUCAGCCUCAGUCUCUCCAGAAGGUGUCGGUCCCAGUCAUUACAAACGAGGAGUGCGAGUUUCCCUACAAAGGCGCCAUAUUUCCCGAGUCCCUCUGCGCCGGGUACCCCGAGGGAAAGCGAGACGCCUGUCAGGGUGACAGCGGAGGACCGCUGAUAACGGAAGAGGAUACCCGGAUGGUCCAGAUAGGCGUGGUCUCGUGGGGCACUGGCUGUGCCCGACAGGGCAGACCUGGAGUGUACACGAGGGUGUCAAAAUAUCUGGACUGGAUCCAGAGCGUCACGGAGAGCGGAGACACGUGUGCCUGAAAUCGGAGUCUUGGAGGGUGUUGGUGACUGCAGAUGCUGCUGCAUUCGAGAACCUCUUGAGUCUCAGCUGCAGUGGUGUGGCUGCUGGUUCGCCUGACCUUGCGAGUGGGUGAUUCAGUGACCGCAAAUGAGGGGAAAUUCUUAAGACUUUACGCACACACAAACACACACGCAUAUGCAUAUAUAAAGUGUGCAUAUAUAUGCAACAUACACAUCUAUUCACAUGUAUAUCUAUAAAAUGUAAAGAACAAAUACUGUAUAGGUCUAAGGUUUCUCCAUAAGAUCCACAACGGCACGAAAAUGACGAAAGAAUACCAAAAAUUCUUUAUGUAUACAU